AUGCGGAUUUCGAGUCCGAGCACGUUCGCAGAGCUGAGAAGUUUCUUCAAUCGAGGAGCGAAAGAUUCGCUCUCGCCGUCCGAUUCCGCUUCUCCGUCACCGAGAUCAUACCCUUCGACGUCUCCGGCUUCGUCGUCUGCAGGGACUGGACCACCGAGACCGAUUCGGCUAGUGUAUUGUGAUGAGAAAGGAAAGUUUCGAAUGGACCCUGAAGCAGUUGCUACUUUGCAACUCGUUAAGGAACCGAUCGGUGUUGUUUCCGUUUGUGGUAGGGCUCGUCAAGGAAAGAGCUAUAUUCUGAAUAAGCUCCUUGGACGCAGUAAUGGGUUUGGGUUUCAAGUAGCAUCAACACACAAGCCGUGUACGAAGGGGCUUUGGUUGUGGAGCUCUCCGAUUAAAAGAACAGCUCUUGAUGGAACUGAGUACAAUCUUUUGUUGCUAGAUAGUGAAGGGAUUGAUGCUUACGACCAAACGGGUACCUAUAGCACUCAGAUAUUCUCAUUGGCUCUUCUUUUGUCAAGCAUGUUCGUAUACAAUCAGAUGGGAGGUAUUGACGAAGCUUCACUUGAUCGCCUCUCUCUUGUCACUCAAAUGACAAAGCAGAUCCGUGUCAAAGCGUCUGGAGGAACGAAUUCACGUUCUGAGCUUGGACAGUUUUCUCCCAUCUUUGUCUGGCUCUUGAGGGACUUUUAUUUGGAUCUAGUUGAAGAUAACCGUAAGAUUUCUCCGCGUGACUAUCUAGAAAUUGCGUUAAGGCCGGUUCAAGGCAGUGGAGGGGAUAUUCGUUCUAAGAAUGAGAUCCGAGAUUCGAUCCGUGCUCUUUUUCCAGACCGAGAGUGUUUUACCCUUGCAAGGCCUCUGAACGAAGAGGAGGACCUCCAAAGACUUGAUCAAAUUUCGAUUAGUAUAGUUUGUUUUUUGAGAAGACACGGUCCUAUUCUUGUCGGUAUUACACAGUCUUAUCUGGAUGCGUUGAAUGAUGGUGCCGUGCCAACAAUAACCUCAUCUUGGCAGAGUGUCGAAGAAACUGAGUGUCGAAGAGCAUAUGAUUCUGGUUUAGAAGCAUAUACGGCUGCCUUUGACCAAUCAAAAGCUCCUGAAGAAGGUGCACUGAGGGAAGAACAUGAAGAAGCAGUUCGAAAAGCCUUGGCUAUGUUUAACGCUAAUGCUGUAGGGGCUGGUUCAGCAAGAAAAAAAUAUGAGGAUCUUCUCCACAAGGACUUGAAGAAAAUUUUUGAGGAUUACAAAAAGAACGCAUUCAUGGAGGCAGAUUUGAGAUGCUCGAGCACUAUCCAAAGAAUGGAGAAGCAGCUGAGAGCAGCUUGCCAUGCCUCUAAUGCUAAUAUGGAUAACGUUGUUAAGGUUGUAGAAGCUCGUUUGACAGAGUAUGAAGCAUCUUGCCAUGGCCCAGGGAAAUGGCAGAAACUUUCUGUGUUCUUGCAACAAAGCUUGGAAGGACCAAUAUAUGAUCUCACCGAAAGGCUUAUAGAUAAUAUCGCUAUAGAGAAGAACUCACUUGCAGUGAAAUUCAGUUCUGUUGAAGAUGCAAUGAAGCAUCAAAAGCAGCAGUUGGAUGAUAGCGAGAAAUACAAGUUGCAAUAUCAGAAACGUUAUGAUGAAUCCAAUAACGACAAGAAGAAGCUGGAAGAUACAUAUAGAGAACGCAUAACAAAACUACAAGGAGAGAAGAGUUCUCUGAAUGAGCGGUGCUCCACUUUGGUUAAAGCUGUGGAAUCUAAACAAGAAGAAAUCAAAGAAUGGAAAAGAAAGUAUGACCAUUAUGUUUUGAAACAGAAAGAUGCUGAGGAUCAGCUGAAAUCUGAAAUGGAAGUCUUUAGGACACGGAUUACUUCUUCUGAAGCUAGGCUUGCUGCAACUAAAGAACAAGCCUUAUCCGCUCAAGAAGAGGCACAUGAGUGGGAAAGUAAGUAUGAUUAUGCUGUGGGAGAGGCAAGAUCUACUCUUCAAAAGGCUGCUUCAGUGCAAGAGCGGUCAGGCAAGGAAACACAGUAUAGGGAAGAUGCUCUUAGAGAGGAAUUUAAUCUCACAGUAGCUGAGAAGGAUGAAGAAAUUAAGGAUAAGUCUACAAAAAUUGAGAAGGCGGAGCAGUCUCUAACUGUUCUAAGAUCAGAGUUGAAGGCGGCAGAGUCCAAAAUAACAAGCUUUGAUAUGGAAACAGCAUCACUGAAGUUAGAGUUGAGGGAAAUGAUUGUUGCGUUAGAGACUGCCAACGCAAAGGCUCUAGCAUAUGAAAAGCAAGCAAACAAGCUGGAGCAGGAGAAAAUCCGUUUGGAGCAAAAGUACCGAGCUGACUUUGAAAGAUUUGAUGAAGUCCAAGAGAGAUGCAAGACGGCUGAAAUAGAAGCUAAGCGUGCUACUGAACUGGCAGACAGAGCUCGAGCUGAUGCCGUCACUUCCCAAAAGGAGAAGAGUGAGAGCCAGAGGUUGGCAAUGGAAAGACUUGCUCAGAUCGAGCGAGCUAAGAGGCAUGUUGAAAACUUAGAGAGGCAGAAGACGGACUUGGAAGAAGAAGUGCACAGACUUCGUGUCUCCGAGAUGGAUGCUGUCUCCAAGGUUACAGUGUUAGAAGCUAGAGUUGAAGAACGAGAGAAAGAGAUUGAGUCGUCGUUAAAGAAAACCAAUGAGCAGAGGGCGCAUAACGUGAAGGCAAUGGAGAAGCUGUUGGAUGAAGAGCGUAAGGCCCAUAAUGCUGCAACUCGAAGAGCUGAUGCUCUUUCUCAUGAGCUGCAAGCUGCACAGGCAAGCGUUGAUAAUCUCCAGCAAGAACUAGCUCAAGCUAGGUUAAAAGAAACUGCACUGGACAACAAUAUCAGAGCUGCGAGCUCCUCGCGUGGGAAACGGGCCAGAAAUGAUGAUGCUGUCGAUAUGGACAUAAUCUUGAGGGAUGAUGAUGAAGUAGAAGAUUACAGCAAGCUGACAGUUGAAGAUCUUAAGCAGGAGCUGAGGGAUCACGGUUUUGGGGAUAAGGUAACGAGGAGACGCACGCAGUUAAGAAAAGACCUUGUUGCUUUGCACAAAAUUCAUGUUCUUCCCAAGAAAAAGAAAGCGUUGGAGAAAGAGGAAGAGAGGAAGAGACGGAAAAAAAGCCACUAUUAG